AGCAGGCGGUUGCGGCCUUAUUAACACUAAACGCCAUGGAAUGCAUGAAGAUGCUUCUGCUGAUACUGCCUCUCCUUUGGUCAUGUCUUUAUGCGGCCAAGUUGACAACUCUGCCCAAUGUAGACGAUUUAACCAAUUUUGAAGAGCGUUUGACCGUCAUGGAACAGGAGGUGUAUCGGCGACUGAACACGACGGAGCGCGUGCUUGGACAGUUUCUGACCGGGCGAAAUAACACAAGCCUUGCUGGUUUAGAUGUUCACGCUCUAAGAGCUGGCAUACUAGACGCACAGUUGAAACCAGUAAUAUUUUCUGCAUACAAGCAAUCGAGUGAAAGUGGAAUUAGUAAUCAUGUAACAAUAAGAUUUGAACGAACCUAUAUUAACCUUGGAAACCACUACCACACAGAGAAUGGUAUCUUCAUUGCCCCCGUCACAGGAGUAUAUUUGUUCCACUGGACCACAAUAAGCGGAAGUUCAGAUUUCUCUACCCAGCUGAUGGUUGAUGGAACCCCAAGAGCGUCAGCAUAUGUUCCUUACCCAGGUGGAGUAGAUUCUAGUUCAGCAAUGGCGAUUAUUGAGGUUAACAAGGAUGACCAUGUCUGGAUACAGAUCUAUGGGUCCUCGGAGUAUGUCUAUGGCGGUUCAACUAGUAUUGGGAAUUAUUACCAAUCGACGUUUUCUGGAAUCCUUCUGCAAACAUCUUAAUGUGUCGUCCUUUUGCACCAUAAUACAGUGUAGUUCAAUAAGUUUAUUGUACAUUCUGCAUGCUUAAUGCUCUUGGCAUUGUGAUGUUGAUUAAAACAUAAUGCAUUUUCUUUCUUUAUUAUUUGUACAAUGUAACCGUAGAACCAAUAUCUGGUGCACCUUUCUCAUAGAGUGAUUUUUGCAUUUGUAUUGUAUUUAAUAAAUCCAUGAAUGUAAUAAGUAACUAUGAAUUUUUUCAAAGUAAAUUGGAUUUUUUGAAACUGUGAAAACUUACACAAUAAAAACGAACAAUUUUAUUUUUUCAAGAGUCACAAAUAAGGAUUGGUGUGGCUCCCUCUUAUUAUUAAGGAUCAGGAGUUACAUUAUUUCGCCAAAGCAGAAUUCGUUACAGAAACGAAGCAACAGGAAUGGUGUGGAGGCAGGUGCAAGGCUGAUUUCUUUACUGAAUAAAUUAUUGUUUUGCUAUAGUAAAACAAUAAUAAAAGCUAUUAUCUCCACC